AUGGCAUGUUCAGUUCAGUACCAAUCAACAAAGGAAACAACAAAUGCCUGCCGUGUGUUGCAUUUACUGUUUGGUCCCUGUACUGACCAAUUCCGGGACUUAUUGGCUCACCACUUUAAUCCCGGAGCUCUAUAUAUUAUCCUCGCCACAAAUACUCCUUUUAUUCCCGCAGUCAGGAUCCUACAAAUCAAACUAUACAGACUUGAUAUCACUCUUAUUUAUACUUUGUUACGUUAUCUUUCUGGUUUACCUCCACACAUUAAUGGAUGGGGAAAAGAUCCAGAUUCAAACGAGUUUUCUGAAGCAGCAAAUAUAGAAAGGAUAAGAUUACUUAGAAAUAAAUUUAGUCAUAACCAGUCUAUAACAUUAUCAGAUGCUGAUUUCCGAAAUGUGUGGAUUAACACAAAGCGAGUCAUUCAGGACCUAUAUAAGAUUUUAGCUAAUGGAGGAAAAUACGAAAAGGCAAUGGUCCCCUUAGAAUACAUUACAAUGGAUCCAAAGGAAACAAAGUUUUGGAGGAAAGAGCUAAAACGGAAACAUAAAGAAGAAAUCUCAUGUAAAAAGCAAAUAAAAAAAGUGAAACGUGAUCAAGGAAAGAUGCAAACUACAAUAGAAAGAAUUCAGAGUUCCUCACACAUUCCAGAGAAUAUUCAAAUUUUACAUAAAAUGACUCUUGACAAUUGUAGAAAAGACGACGAACGAUACGCCGAAACCCACUUCUGCAAUAACUUGAUGCAAGUCAUCAAUGAUAAUAAAAUCACUGUACUCACUGGGGGACCGGGAUGUGGUAAAACAGCAACCUCCCGCCAUGUUGCAAUUAAACUACUGGAAUUGGAUUUUACAGUUAUUCCUAUUGGACACGCAGAAGACAUCAUAAAAUAUGGACACCCCGAAUUAAAACAAGUGUUUCUUCUAGACAGUGCAUUUGGGGAAAUUUGUUUUCAAGAUCAGCUGCACAAUGAUUUCAGAAGGAAUUUUGAUUUCAUUCGACAAAUUCUUGAUCCAAAAUCUAAACUGCUUAUAACAUGUCGAAAAGACAUUCUUAUAGAAGCAAGACAGUUAAAAAUUCAUACAAGUCUACCACAGACCGUUUUUGAUUUAGAGGAUGAAAAAAACCUUUUAACAAAAGAAGACAGAUUGUCUAUACUAACAAAGUAUGUUGACAUUGAAAACUGUCCUGCUGCUCAAGAAAUAAACGAGUAUGUUGAAGAAAAUGAUGUGCAACCUAUGUUUCCAUUUCUGUGUGAAAAGUUUAAAACGAAUAUUAACUACAAAAAUAAAGGAUGUUCUUUCUUUAAAGAACCAUAUCCAAUAAGUUUGGAACAACUUGAUGAAAUAGAAUAG